AAGUUCCCCUUCUGACUGUGAAAUACUACAAGAUAAAGCCAGUGUUUACUCUUUUUAUAACUCAUGUGACGUGAGAACACUUGCAGUUAUUUAAAAAAAAAAAAAAAAAACUGCUUAAAGUCCACAGUAGAAACUCUACUUCCUACUGCCAUAUACCGUGACUGUGUCACCGUGGGAGCAUCGUGGGAGAACCCAUGGGAGUCUGGAGUUAUUGCAUAACUAAUAUGUCAUUCAACAGAAGCGGAGCCGGCGGCAGCACUACCCAAUCAGGCUCCGCCCAUUUAGCUACGUCACUUUUUCCCUGGCGCAGCCUCUCUACGGGUUGUCAUGACGACGGAGUUGUGGCUCGCUCUGUGAAGGUAUUCACCUCUGCUCUGUUUAGGAAACUCUCUGGACCAUGAAGAAGGCGACACUCUUGGAGGCUUACAUAGCGUAAAUUCAAGGUGAAAUGUUGGUAUUUUAACAAACCAGUAUAAAAUGUUUUCUUCUGCGUGAAAAGAGUAUUUACAACUAGUAUGUAAGCAGUUUCAUAUAUCGCUGUGAGCUAACAGCUACUAUUGACUAACCGUUAACCAGGACAUGAUGGCGCCGGUAAAAGAAGUGGAUCACUCAGCUGUUCAGGGAACACAGGGUGAGCUUCCAGCCGAGGAGGGUUCAGGGAGCGAACAGCCUGACAGAACACCACCAGGCAGGAGACAUGUCGAGGCCCUCCUGGAUAUCAGUGAGGAGGGCUUCUUGGAGAUACUGGAGCCAUAUGAAUAUCAUUGUUACUCUGGGUGGGAGGAAGCUGUCCAGGGUUGGGCUGGAGCUGCUCCACUGAGCUCCAUACUUCUGUCUCAGAGGACAGACAAGAAGCCAAAGCAAAAAGAAGCCAACAGCCUCGGCCCCAGGGCAGAUACCCCAGUCGGUGUUGCUGAGCACUGCAGUCAAUCACAUUUGGGACCUAACAUCUCUAAGAAGUCUAUAUUAUUAAGCCAGCAGAUGUGGUCCUGUGGUAAAUCUGCUGCAUCUGUUCUGCAGCCUGAUGUCCCAGUGUCACCUGUUCUUGGUGCCAUGCCGAAAAUCCUAUCACAUUUUACACAGGAGGACAAAACAGAGGAAGACGAGACUCCAAGGCAGCAACACCAUCUGUCUGCAAAGUACAGUGUUUUGGAGGACAGGCCCUCAAAGCCCCAAAAGCACCACAGGUCAAGCAAUACUGUGGUUCCAAUUAAAAAUUUCACUUUUUUACCACCAAUCAAAACACCACAUAUGAAUUUCCAGAGGGUCAGUGGACAGAACUGUACUGGAAGGAAGCAUUUAGAAGCAGACUUGAUGGCAGAAAACUAUUACAUCUUUGAUAAGAUGAGUGGAAUAAGAGGAACUAACUCAGAGCUUCCCAAGGACACCAAUAAUGCUAUGACAUCCAAGUACCAGACAUGCCAGCAUAGCCCCCACUUUUUCUCUGCUGUUAGUGUUUCUGUUCCCAAGAGGUAUCAAGUAGCUGUGUCUUCCAAACCUGAAACACUGCACCCCACCAGCUACUCAAUGGGUAAGAGUCUCCACUUCAGCACUGCAGGAAGUGCACAAGUCCAUAUGCACCCCAGCUGCCUGUUCUCCUGAGGAAAAAUGAAAUGACUGCCUCUAUGUGUAUGGUCAGUGUACAUCAAAGCCCUUGAGAAACUAUAACAAUAAUAAAGCAUACAAGAAAAUGCAAUUCCCAGGUUCAACCAAGACCAGAAGCACAAAUUUCUUAUGAUAUACACCUCAGCGUCACUGCACCAUGCAGUUUUGUUCAAAGUAAUUUAAAGUCUGACUUAACAUCUCAAGAGAACAUCCUUUUAAAAAUCUUCAGCUAAUAAAUCAAAAAAGCUAUUGCAUUGUGUCUUUUGGUCCUUUAUGUUCUUAUGAGUUCACACUAGACCUUCUAUGGUUUUUCUAAUUACCUAGCACCUAAUGGUGAAUCUACCUCAUAAAAAAGCAUAAACAUGAGACCGCAGAAAUACAUUUGCUUGUGUAAUUUCUUUUUGCCAAACUACUACAUUUUUCGAUCAAGAAUUUGUUUAACAAUCCUUUUGUAACACUGAAUGAGAAUACAAAGUGCCUACGGUUACUUGGCCCCACAAAUCAAAUGUUAUUGUAUUACAAUAAAACAAUAUUGUAUACAUUAUGAGAAAAGCACAUUGCUCAGAUUUAUACAUUUGUUUUGCACUGUUGGUCUCCAAGGGUCAGAUAUGUCUUGCAAUGUAAAAAAAAAAGUUUCUUGUUACUUUAUUUUUCCAUUCUACCUCAGCUGCUCUUCAAAGUAUUAACAUUUGUUUUGUUUUUGCUGUUUAAGAGCUGCAGUGUUGAUGCUAGUGAAUGUAUUUGAUCGUUUUAUUGAAUGUGAAUAUGAAAUAAAAUGGCUACAUUGGUAUUUGCA